AUGAGCUUUGCCGCUGGCCCUCGAUCCUCGAGCAGAGGUGGAAACACUCUCGAGUUUGGUGGAGGUGUCGUACCGGACGACUCGUCAUCGCACUCGGAUGCGGGACAGUCCGACUCGGCUGCGUCGCCCAUGACAACCCUGUACGCUGCCAACACAAAAGACAACAAUCAGCAACACAAUUUGGUCAGCAGCACAAACGCAGCUCCUUCUUCACUCUCAGCACGACCGGAUCGAUCUGCUCGGCACGAUCGUCUACAAUCCAUCGACACUCUGGGAAGUUUGGAAGACUUUCGCUCAGUGAUCGCCUUUUCAUCGCCGUCUAACCUGCUCGAAGAAAGUCCAGCAUUGACCACUUCCACCGCCAUGUCCACCCCCGACUUUGCUAUUGCCGUCACCGCAAACAGGGACAAACCCCUUCCCAUUCCUGACACACAUGAAUCGCAGCCCCCUCUUUCCACUCCUUCACUUGCAGCAGCCUCCCAAGAAGCGUCGUCGUCGUCUCCUGUCGUCAACGCUUCGAGCAACUCAAAAUCUGAACAAACAGCGCAACAGAUGGUGUCAGCCAAGGCCGAUUCAAGCACCUCCGCUGCAAACGACUCUGCAGGUCUCGGACCGCUUCCGAAAGGCUCGCAGCGUCGAUCCACCGCUUACAGUCUACCCGAAUCAAUCUCCCAGCCCGGCUCAUCUCAACCUCCGAGCGAAGAGUUUCAAUCGCCAGGCCGCAAGGUGUCGCCAGCUAGGAGAGUUUCGACGACAGAAGCCAUACGACGACUCGAAGAAAGUGUCCAGCGAGGUACAGAAGGUACCCCGAACUUUGGUCUCGGCAUCAGCAGUGCCCCGGAAGAAACGCAGGCUUCCUCAGCGUAUAGAAGCCGAGCGCGGGAUUCCAAUCGAUCUAGCAGCUUUGGUUCGCGCCGCCAUGCCAAAUCAGGUAGUGAGGUGUCAGCACACAGCUCGGAAGACAGCUGGGGGCGAACAUCCUUUGGUCGCGACACCCUGCAAAUGUUGAUCGACUCGGACCUUCUCAACGAGUCCAAAAAGACGGCUUCGUCGGUUUCGAGCAACACGCGCAAAACUUACAUUAGCGAUAGCGACCACAGCACAACCACAGCAGAGACGAGUACCGACGUGAACGAUUCGGACCACCUUUCUACCAUCAAGGAGCACACCGAAUCGCCAGGAUCGGCACUCCAGCGCCGCACCUCGGCCGAUUCCGGUUUAAGUCGCACGCAGAUUGCGGAUUUGUCUGAUGCUUGCACCUCCAGAACCUCGGCUUCCUCUGCUAGGUCGGAUGCCUUUCGAGGGGCUUCGCCAGAGAUUCACUUUGUUCGUGCCAGGGGACGUCUGUCGAAUCUUGCAGAGGCUCAAGGAACCAGUGCAGCCGAUGGGCAAAGGUCGCCUGCUCUCAAGACCGCUGUCAAUGGCAUUGGCUCGCCAACCUUUGGCUUCCGCCCAAGUCGCACCCCACAGCCUUCCGCUGCAACCGAGUUGUUGCCUCCGGUGGAUUUAGAUGCAUCAACACUAGCAGCGCAUGCGAGGAGGCCAUCAAAUGCCUCCUGGACCUAUUCGCGCAAGCCAACGUCGGAGCGUACAAACACUGGAGGGUCUCGUCGGGGGUCCGCAGAUCAAGUUUCGACGCCCACUUCUCGCCUGGCUUCAGAGUCCUAUACUACACCCCUUCCAUCGCUCCCGUUCCCUCCAUCGACGCCGACAUCAUUGUCACGACCUAGCUUUGCGCGCCCGCCAACCCAUGAGUCGGAGCCAAACACGCCUAACUUGGCCUACGAAGCAUUGUUGGCAAAGACUGUGGGCAAGCAAAAGAAGGGCCGACCGGUAGCACUGGCUUUGAAUCUCGCAACGCUUUCUGCUUUUUCAAACACUUCUGCCCUUUCCGUCAACAAUUUGGCCAGCAAAGGUCUCGCUAGUCCUGGCAAGCUGCGUGCUCCGCCGCCCUCAGCUCCCCCGACUGAUCCGCUACCGCCGAUUCCAGACACGCCUUCGCUCGCACCAAAGAGCCCGGGUCUUCGAUUCUAUGCUGGAUCGUGGGCAUCUCCUGCUUCUGGUCCGAGUGCAGUCGUCAACGACAAUCCACCCUGGACUCCUAGGACGCCUCGAACUCCCAACAUAUCCCGCGCCACUGCGUCGAAUGGACAUGUUCGAGCACGUACUCGCUCUACCGGACAGGCACCUGAUUUGUCAGUCAAACUCAUCGAUGCGUUCGGCUGUCAGCAGGUGUCGUCAGAGAAUGGCGCUGAUAAGGAGGGCGAGGUUGAACCCCAUGCCCAGACAGGCAGCAAAGACACAGUCUCUGCAGGUGGCCUAGGGGUUCUGCCGCCAGCGGUGGACGGUUCGUCAAGUCCUGCAACUACGGUCUCAGUACAAGGCAGUUCGGACAGCGCAACGAUGGUGACGGUGGCACAGAUGGCGACGCGUGCUGCCAAGAAACCUGUGCGAUUGUCCUUCAGCAAGAAAGAUCCUGAUGUGGAGGAGGCAAACAAGACUGCUGCAUCCACCGUCGUCGCCACCGAACAUGCUGAUGCACAGUUCGUUUCCCCAGUCACCACGUCGAAGAAUCUCAAGGACAUGAGUCAGACUGACUCGGUUGAGGUAGAGCCGGAAACUCCUCGCUCUCUUACGACUCUGGGUCAGAUCAUCAGCUUCGAUCUCGCGCCGCAACGACAGACAUUUGAGUCUUCGCAGCAGCAUUCGCAGCAGCAGCAGAGCCGUAGCACGGCAGCCAACGACAAGCCUUCCGGCCCGCCACCUAGCGCGUGGAACAACCGUAGUAACCCGCUGGUGUCACAUCGAGCCACCGCGAGUGAUUCGAAAGCCUCGUCUGAUGGAGGUCACGAGCAACAGGAAGAAAUGCGUGGCGGUGCAGAAAGUGUUGCCAGCUGUCAUUCGACAAGCAGCAUUAGCAAUCGUCGUCUCGAAGUCAUGCACGACAAGGAAGCACUGCUUGGAGCGCUCAGCGAGUCGUCGCGAAAAGAGAUCCUCAAGCGCACCGAAGGUCGAUUCGCCGGAGCAUUCGCUGAAGUAGCGAAAGCCUUCCGCCAGCUGCAAGCGGACAAGUUGCUGUUGGAGCAGAUUGUCCGUGAGAAGACACCGCUCAGCGGACUCGGUACUAACAACGAAAUGCUGAGCGGUUACCUGUCGAGCAUGAAUUCGAAGCUUGAGCACAGCAAUGCCGAGAUUCGGAAGCUAUUGGAUCUUCUCGAGCAACAGAGAGAGGUGAUGGAGCAGAUGAUGGCGACGCACCAGCUGGAAAAGGAGACGUACGAGGAGGAUCUGGAGCGUCUCUACAGCUCAUUGGACGAGACGCAGGCCGAUGCGGAACACCAUCGAGCGCAAGUGGUCAGGCUGAACGAGGAGCUGGCCCGGGCUCAUGCAGGGACGGUGCAGGCCAACGCUGAAGCCAUGCGCGCCAGGACGACGCUGGCAGAGGAGGGCAGGAAGCGAGAAAAGGUCGUUCUGCUGCUUCGGCAGGCCAAGGAGAGACUGCGAGAGGUGGAGACAGAAAAUCUUGUUUCCCCUGGGUCGCAGCAGAGCGAGAUACCAACCUCCGAGUCGAUGGCUGAGCGACUGUCUGCAGAAGAUCAGUUGACGGCAACAUCAUCGGAAAGCGAGGUGUUCAAGCUGCGUCGCCUCCUCGAGGAGAGAGACCAAGAAAUUGCUUCGCUGCGCCUUUCGCACGCCGACGCAGUAAUGCAACAACAGCACCAGCAGCAAGACGAUCCCAGUUCGUUCAACGAUAGUCCUGCGUUGGAAGACGACUCGAACACCUCCACACCUUCCACGACUUCUACCGCUGUCAUGGGCGCUGCUCCUUCCUCAACGCCAGAACUCACGCGACUUCGAGAGCAGAUCCUCGAACAAAAGGAACGAGAGAAACAGAUCCGAACCGCAUACGUCUACGUGCGCGAAGAACUUCGAAAAGUAAACUCCGAACGCAGACGGUCUUCGAUCAGCUCGGUUCAUAGCCUCAGCGCUCCAGCGACGACCUUGUCGUCAUCGACGGUGACUCCUGGUGCGGGGCUUGCAACAGCAACGACGGCAAAAGCAAACGGACCGUGGGCGACGAUCAAUAUGUCGAGGUUGACCAGGUUUCACGAUUCGUCCAGACCUCCGAUGUCGGCUGGGCUUGAGUCGGAUGCCGGAGAAGGAGGUGGGGCGCAGCAAGUCAAGUUGAAAAGGCUGAGUUUGCCAAUUGUCGCUAGAGCUUCGGGCCUUGUUGUCGCCUCGCCGGGUGCAGCGCCGCCUUCGGCUUAUCGUCCUCCCUCGACGUGA